GAGCCACAGCGGGGGAACCCAGUUUCCGAGGAACUUUUCGCCGGCGCCCGGCCGCCACCGGGGCCAGGACAGGACGCGAACGCGCGCGGCGGCGGCAGCGGGUCGGGGCCCGCGGACGCGACACUCGCUGCGAAAGUCUGUACGCGGCGGCGGGCCCGGCGGGCGGCCCGGAGGAGGCAACUGCGCCAUGGACGAGCCGCCCUUCAGCGAAGCGGCCUUGGAGCAGGCGCUGGCCGAGCCGUGCGAGCUGGACGCGGCGCUGCUGACCGACAUCGAAGACAUGCUUCAGCUCAUCAACAACCAAGACAGCGACUUCCCGGGCCUGUUCGACCCACCCUAUGCUGGAGGUGGGGCAGGGGGCACAGACCCUGCCAGUCCUGAUGCCAGCUCCCCGGGCAGCUUGUCUCCAUCUCCUGCCACCAUGAGCUCCCCACUCGAAGGCUUCCUGGGGGGACCCAAGGCGACACCUCCACCCUUGUCCCCUCCCCAGCCUGCACCCACCUCAUUGAAGAUGUACCCGUCUGUGCCUGCCUUCUCCCCUGGGCCUGGUAUCAAGGAGGAGCCAUUGCCGCUGACUAUCCUGCAGCCCCCAACCCCGCAGCCCCUGCCGGGGUCCCUCUUGCCCCAGAGCUUUCCGGCCCCAGCCCCACCGCAGUUCAGCUCUGCCCCUGUGUUGGGCUAUCCCAGCCCCACUGGAGGCUUCUCCACAGGGACCCCUCCAGGGAACACCCCGCAGCCGCUGCCUGGCCUGCCACUGGCUUCCCUGCCAGGGGUCCCGCCCGUCUCCUUGUACACCCAGGUUCAGAAUGCGGCCCCCCAGCAGCUGUUGACAGCCACGGCCACCCCCACAGCAGCCCCUGGAACAACCACCGUGACCUCGCAGAUCCAGCAGGUCCCGGUCCUGCUGCAGCCCCACUUCAUCAAGGCGGACUCUCUGCUUCUGACGACCAUGAAAACAGACGUGGCGGCCACCGUGAAGACGGCGGGUAUCAGCUCCCUGGCCCCUGGCACGGCUGUACAGACAGGGCCCUUGCAGACCCUGGUGAGCGGAGGAACCAUCCUGGCCACAGUGCCGCUGGUAGUGGACGCCGAGAAGCUGCCCAUCAACCGGCUGGCAGCCGGCGGCAAGGCCCCGGGCUCGGCCCAGAGCCGUGGCGAGAAGCGCACAGCCCACAACGCGAUUGAGAAACGCUACCGCUCCUCCAUCAACGACAAAAUCGUCGAGCUCAAGGACCUGGUGGUGGGCACUGAGGCGAAGCUGAAUAAGUCUGCUGUCUUGCGCAAGGCCAUCGAUUAUAUCCGCUUCCUGCAACAGAGCAACCAGAAGCUCAAGCAGGAGAACCUGAGUCUCCGCACGGCUGCCCACAAAAGCAAAUCUCUGAAGGACCUGGUAUCAGCCUGUGGCAGUGGAGGAAACACAGACGUGCCCAUGGAGGGCAUGAAGCCCGAGGUGGUGGACACGCUGAGCCCGCCACCCUCGGACGCCGGCUCACCCUCUCAGAGCAGCCCCUUGUCCCUUGGCGGCAGGAGUAGUGGCAGUGGUGGCAGUGGCAGUGACUCAGAGCCCGACAGCCCAGUCUUUGAGGACAGCCAGGUGAAGCCGGAGCAGCUGCUGUCCCCUCACAGCCGGGGCAUGCUGGACCGUUCCCGCCUGGCCUUGUGCACACUCGUCUUCCUCUGUCUCUCCUGUAACCCCUUGGCCUCCCUGCUGGCCAGCCGGGGUCUCCCCACCCCCUUGGAUGCCAGCAGCACCUACUACCGUCCUGGGCGCAGCGUGCUGGGCACUGAGGGCAGAGAUGGCCCUGGCUGGGCCCCCUGGCUGCUGCCCCCACUGGUCUGGCUGACCAAUGGGUUGCUGGUGCUGGUCUUCUUGGCGCUCCUCUUUGUCUACGGCGAGCCAGUCACACGGCCCCACUCAGGCCCCGCCGUGCACUUCUGGAGGCAUCGCAAGCAGGCUGACCUGGAUCUGGCCCGGGGGGACUUUGCCCAGGCUGCCCAGCAGCUGUGGCUGGCCCUGCGGGCGCUGGGCCGGCCACUGCCCACCUCCCACCUGGACCUGGCCUGUAGCCUGCUCUGGAACCUCAUCCGCCACCUGCUGCAACGGCUGUGGGUGGGCCGUUGGCUGGCAGGCCGGGCAGGGGGCCUGCAGAGGGACUGCGCCCUGCAGGCGGAUGCCCGCACCAGCGCCCGAGACGCAGCGCUCGCCUACCACAAGCUGCACCAGCUGCACACCAUGGGGAAGUACACGGGCGGGCACCUGGCUGCCGUCAACCUGGCACUGAGUGCCCUGAACCUGGCGGAAUGCGCGGGGGAUGCCGUAUCCCUGGCCACACUGGCUGAGAUCUAUGUGGCCGUCGCGCUGAGGGUCAAGACCAGUCUCCCGAGGGCCUUGCAUUUUCUGACACGCUUCUUCCUGAGUAGUGCCCGCCAGGCCUGCCUGGCCCAGAGUGGCUCGGUGCCUCUUGCCAUGCAGUGGCUGUGCCACCCUGUGGGCCACCGUUUCUUCGUGGAUGGGGACUGGGCCGUGUGCAGUGCCCCGAGGGAGAGUCUGUACAGCUUGGCCGGCAACCCAGGUGCUCUCUCACUCCUGUGCCCAUCCCCUGUCCUCCCACCUCUUCCUUUGUCCCCCAUGCCCAUGACGCCCCCCAUCUGUCGUUGCUGUGGAGGCUGCAGGAACGGGAAGACUGGCUCUGUCUCAGUGGGGGCUCCUCAGAAGCAAAAAGGGAGACAGAGAUUUGGGGGCAGGUGGUUGAUUUGGGAGGUGAUCCCAAGCAAGACCAUUCAUUGUGCAGUAAGGAGAUCAGAUGGAAGGGGACAGGCUGACAGAGGCACGUUAUUAAGUAGACUACACUGGCCAGGGUGGGUCAUCCUAUCCAAGGACAGGGGUGGGAGCAUUUAUCUGUCCCACCUGCAUGACCAGGAAAGAGCACUUGGUGGGGAGAGGUGGAUGUGGGGGCCCUUCCUCCCACCCGCUCACCCACUCCUCCCUGCAGUGGACCCCUUGGCCCAGGUGACUCAGCUCUUCCGCGAACACCUCUUGGAGCGAGCACUGAAUUGUGUGGCUCAACCCAGUCCCAGCCCUGGAUCAGCUGAUGGGGACAGGGAAUUCUCAGACGCCCUUGGGUACCUGCAGCUGCUGAACAGCUGUUCUGAUGCUGCCGGGGCCCCAGCCUGCAGCUUCUCCAUCAGCUCCAGCAUGGCCACCGCCACCGGCACAGACCCCGUGGCCAAGUGGUGGGCCUCACUGACGGCCGUGGUGACCCACUGGCUGCGGCGCGACGAGGAGGCGGCCGAGCGGCUGUACCCGCUGGUGGAACACCUGCCCCGCGCCCUGCAGGAGUCCGAGAGACCCCUGCCCAGGGCAGCUCUGCAUUCCUUCAAGGCUGCCCGGGCCGUCCUGGGCCGCAGGAAGGCAGAGUCUGGUCCGGCCAGCCUGGCCAUCUGUGAGAAGGCCAGCGGGUACCUGCAGGACAGCCUGGCCACCACACCAGCUGGCGGCUCCAUUGACAAGGCCAUGCAGCUGCUCCUGUGUGACUUGCUCCUUGUGGCACGAACUAGCCUGUGGCGGCGGCAGCAGCCGCCCGCGGCCACCCAGGCCUCGCAGGGCCCCGGCACUGGGGCCCAGGCCUCCGCCCUCGAACUGCGUGGCUUCCAGCGGGACCUGAGCGGUCUGAGGCGCCUGGCGCAGAGCUUCCGGCCUGCCAUGCGGAGGGUGUUCCUACACGAGGCCACGGCCCGGCUAAUGGCAGGGGCCAGCCCGACGCGGACACACCAGCUCCUGGACCGCAGUCUGAGGAGGAGGACGGGCCCCUGCAGCAAAGGCGCGGCGGCGGAGCUGGAACCGCGGCCCACGCGGAGGGAGCACGCCGAGGCCUUGUUACUGGCCUCCUGCUACCUGCCCCCCGGCUUCCUGUCGGCUCCAGGGCAGCGCGUGGGCAUGCUGGCUGAGGCGGCGCGCACGCUCGAGAAGCUCGGCGAUCGCCGCCUGCUGCACGACUGCCAGCAAAUGCUCAUGCGCCUGGGCGGCGGGACCACCGUCACCUCCAGCUAGACCCCUCGCCGGCGGCCCCAGCGCCCCGGUAUCCUUUCAGCCUGUGUGCCGGGACGGAGCCUCGACGGCCAAAGGCAGCGACAGAGACCCCGUGUCCACGGUCCACCCACGGAUGGCACUGUUUCCUGGGUGGGGGGAUGGAGAUGGGAGGCACUCAGGGGCUUUUGCUGCCCCUUGACCUGGGAGGCCGGAGGGGGUGCGACCCCACCACCCCGACUGCGCCCCAACCGAAGAGGGAAGAGCGGCGGCCAGCAUGGUGCUGACCUCUGGUGGCCGAUCGGGGGAUUGCAGGGGCCUGGCCGGCCGAUGUCACCUCCUGGCUCUGUAGGCACCCGGUGGCUUUUCCCCCCUUCUGUCUCAGAGAGGGGUACAUUUCACUGAGCUGAGGGGGGCCGACUUGGCUAUCCCAGCCAGCAAGGGGGCCCUACUCCAAGGCGCCUCUCUCCCUUCUGGAGAGACUUGUACAUAGUGUAGAUCAGGCGCACCAGCCUCCUGGCCUCUGAGGCUCAAGUGUUACUUUGCCUUUUGCAAACUUUAUUUUCAUAGGUGAGAAGUUUUGUACAGAGAAUAAACAAUGAAAUUAUUUAUAA